CCCCUUUAUGUGUGGAUAUUUGCAUGAUAUAUGCAGUUAUAAUAAACCACAAGAGCUGCUAAAGCAACAGCAGCCACAGCCAACUGGACGAGGGCGAGGAUGAGGAACAAGGCACAGGAGGUCCUGGCCAGGACCUGGCAAUCAAAUGCCCAGGCUCAACGGUGCGUAUGAAGGCAAAUGGCGAACAGGAGCCACCAUAGCACUACACAGCCAAAGGACCACCAAACUGCAACUGCCGAUCGCAUUUUGGACAUACCAUACAUAAAUUACCCCGCCAGGUGGAAUAUCUUUGGAAUGGCAUUGAAACUUGCUGGCAGGGAUGGAUGCAUCUUUGUUUUCAGUACUGCGAAUCGUAUUCGUUUUUGCCGAAUUAUUUUAUCAAUCUAGGUAGCACUGACAUAUACGUCCAGUUUAGUUUGGGUCUGUCAACGGAGGGGGAAUUAUUCUCAGUUACAAUAGGUCAGCGAGUCGAGCAACAUCUGUGCUGUGUAAAGAAAAAAAAAAAAAGAAAAAAAUUAAAACUUCUAACAAUAAUGAGUUUUUCGGAAAACGACAAAACCGCGAGUGCUACUAAUAGUCUCACAGAUAAUGGGACUGAAGACAACAUGCAGAGCUCCAAUUCGCUGGUCAAUCGGAGCAGACAAGUUUUAUCAUUGAGCAAUAUGGAUCACGAACUUAUAGAAUUCAUCCAGCGGCAUGCAAGCCAUAUUGAUAUCAGUGCUGAAACCAGUGUGCUAUAUCAGGGUCCGAUACCCAACUACAACUUUGAUUGGAGCUCCAUUGGAUUGGACGAACAGGAGGAUACCGUUGGACAGGAUCAGCCAAGUCAGGCCCUAACCGAAUAUGCGGUCCAACCGGUGAAUAAUGUAGGUCCGGAUGCACUUCCUUGGCCAAUUGCCGAAGAACCAACAUCGCAAGCGAAUCCGAAUAACUUUUUGCAAAUUAAAAUGGAACCAUAUAACGAGGAUGGAGAGGGAAACGAAAAUUUUGCUGCGGAUCAGGUACAAGAUCCAGGGGUAAUUUUGCCAAUGCCAACGGCUAAUUCAUGCACUCCAUUCAUGAAUAUAAGACAGGAACCGGUUCUGGCAAUUAAAAUGGAUAUAGAUUCAAAAGACAAUGAACUACCAACUGAUGUAGAAUCUAAACCGAAUACCAAUUUUUCAAUUUUCGAUAUUCCCAACCAUAGAGACAAUAAUUUGUCACAUUUUCCAAAUAAGUCUGGCGAUCAAGGAACUCAGCCCACUGCUACACAAUCUGAAAUAGAUGCUGAUUUAGUUUGUAAAAUAGAAAACGAUACAACCAUGGUUGAAUUACCAACUACGUCCAAUAAUAUAGUUUGUAAAAUAGAAAACGAUACAACCAUGGUUGAAUUACCAACUACGUCCAAUAAUAUAAACGACGAGCAGCCAAAUAACACAGAUUCUGAUUCGGUUAUUAAUUCAAUUUAUGAUUUAAUUGAUGAUUUAAAUUUGGAUUAUGAUGAACUACCAACUUCAUCUUGUGGCACAGAAACCCAUCCAGUGGACACACAAUCUAACAUGGAUGAUAAUAUGCCAUAUGAUUUGAUAAGUGACAUAAAUAUGGACUUCGUCACUCCAGCUAACAGAACAUAUACGGCAGCUGCAAAGCCAACACGAGGAACCGUCUACAAGGUUAGAAAGCCACGGCCGGUCAAGAGAACCACUACGGCGCCAUCAAAUCCCAGCAUUGCCAAGAUGUUGAGGGAAGCAGCCAAGAAGGAAAAUGCAUCUGCGGCACCGCAGAGACCGAAGAAGCCCAAUGCGACGGCAACAUCUUCAGUUCCAAAUUUUCCAAACGCCCAUAAUUGGCCUGCAUGCCCACCGCUGCAGGUCGGCACUAUGCCAACAGAUGAAACCAAUGACUCAAUGACGAUUCCGCAGAUUCCAACAGUGCCUGCUGCUCAAAAUCGUCCAAUACAAUCAAUCGGAAAGGUGAUUCAGCCCCGUGUCAAGCGGACUUACACGAAGAGAGCCAAUAAGACCAAUAAUACAAAUAAUACAAAUAAUACAAAUAAGGCAAAUAAUACAAAUAUUACAAUUACAAUACCAAAUGGACUUGUGGAGCAUACCGGAAUUAAUAUUGUGAUGCCACCGGAUCCGCUGAUAUCAAUGGUGUCUGUUCCUCGCAAUCCAAUACAAUCCAUCGGUAAAGUAAUUAAUCCUCCUCCGAAGCGAACUUAUAAGAAGAGAGUCAAUAAGGCCAUGGCUACAAAUCAGUCCUCCGGAACUGAAAUUGAGAUUCCUCAAACCUCUUCCCAGGCACCUAUACCUCGUGUCAAGCGGACCUACACGAAGAGAGCCAAUAAGACCAAUAAUACAAAUAUACUUAAUGACAAUAGUUCCGGCGUCAUGGAGUCUAAUGGUGGAGAACCUACAAUACCAAAUAGUCAGCUGAUUCCAAACGCUGAUGUUGUUCCGAAUUUACCAAUACAACCGACCGACAAGCCCAAAGCUCCCAGAAAACCACGUGCUAAAAAAGUGGUCAACCAGCAACCGGGGACGGAUAUGCCCUCUGAGGUAUCGGCGCAGGGAGAAACGGCUCAAACCAAGCCGAAUGCUAAGCCAAAAGCCCCUAGGGUGCCCAAAGAACCUAAGGCGCCAAAAGAGCCAAAGCCACCUAAGGAGCCAAAGCCACCUAAGGAGCCCAAGCCACCUAAGGAGCCAAAGCCACCUAAGGAGCCCAAGCCACCUAAGGAGCCAAAGCCACCUAAGGAGCCAAAGCCACCUAAGGAGCCAAAGCCACCUAAGGAGCCAAAGACACCUAAGGAGCCAAAGACACCCAAACAACCAAAGACACCUAGGGUACCGAAGGAACCUAAGACGCCAAAGGUAUCAAAGGAACCUAAAGCGCCUAGGGCACCCAAGGUACCAAAAACGCCAAAGGAACCUAAAGUACCCAAGACUCCGAAGAAUCCCAAGGCACCGAAAGCACCAAUUCAACCGAAAGCAUCAAUGAAUCAGACACCAAACAGCGUACAGGUACCGCUACCCAUUGAGCCCGUACCUCCAGAAACACCCACUCGCACGAAUUCUAUACUAUCAAUCGUUGCCGAAAUACUCCAACAGGGGCCGAUAACACCAAUAUCGCCAAUUAAAUCCCCAGAACUCCUUGAUUAUGCUGAUCAGCAUACCGUAGCGAACUUCAAUAUGCCACAAUCUUCGGGGCCAACCAACUCAAGCGAGUCCAGUGUAAACACCAUUCCACGACUUCCAACAACGGAAGGGAAACAGCCGUCGAAGGAAAGCGCAGAAAGCACAGAAAUAUCAGGUCCUUGCACAAACAAUACAGUUCGAAACACUACGAAGUCAGAUGAACGGAUUAAGCAAGGUCGCGUGCCAAAGCAUUCAUCUCGUUUCUCGCCUUCAUUACGCUGUGUAGUACGCUCUUUAUCCAGCUCAUCCUCCAGUUCAUCAUCCUCGUCAUCCUGUUCGACCUGCUCCACCUGCUCGAGCUGCUCCAUCUGCUCUAGCAGCUCUAGCAGCUCGAACUCUUCACGAUCUUCACGAGCACGUAACCGGAAACGUCGAUCUCCAAAGGUUCCACUUCUCCACGAGCCAAUUAAAUCAAAUGGGGAAAUAAAUUUUCAGUUGGGCCAACCAACCCGUCUUGAAUCACCAUCCCCUCCACUACCGGACAUGCCCGUGAAUACUAGUGCCACCUUUGAAGAGCAUUUGAAAAAUGUGGCAUCGGAGCAUAAUCAUACUAUAUUGCCGAUAAGAAACCCCACAUAUGAUUUCGGGUUCAACUUGCCAGAGCCCAUGUUGUCCGAGGAGUCAUCCAGUUCUUCUGAUGAUGAAACCAAUGAGAACGGUCAGAUGACACCGAAUUCUCAAGAUCAGUCUAAGAAAAAUCGUCAAAGCGCUCAAAUUUUGUUCGGUGAGUCACGCAGUUCUUCUCCGUCGGAGAGCCGUGAUGAAACCAAUGUGAACAGUCAGAUGACACCGAAUUCUCAAGAUCAGUUUAAGAAAAAUCGUCAAAGCGCUCUAAUGUUGUUCGGUGAGUCACGCAGUUCUUCUCCGUCGGAGAGCCGUGAUGAAACCAAUGUGAACAGUCAGAUGACACCGAAUUCUCAAGAUCAAUUUGAGAAAAAUCGUCAAAGCGCUCUAAUGUUGUUCGGUGAGUCAUCCAGUUCUUCUCCGUCGCAGAGCCGUGAUGAAACCAAUGUGGACAGUCAGAUGACACCGAAUUCUAAAGAUCAGUUCGAGAAAAAUCUUCAAAGCGCUCCAAUGCUGUUCGAUAUGUCAUCCAGUUCUUCUCCGUCGGAGAGCCGUUAUGAAACCAAUGUGAACAGUCAGAUGACACCGAAUUCUCAAGAUCAGUUUGAGAAAAAUCGUCAAAGCGCUCUAAUGUUGUUCGGUGAGUCACCCAGUUCUUCUCCGUCGCAGAGCCGUGAUGAAACCAAUGUGAACAGUCAGAUGACACCGAAUUCUCAAGAUCAGUUCGAGAAAAAUCUUCAAAGCGCUCCAAUGCUGUUCGAUAUGUCAUCCAGUUCUUCUCCGUCGGAGAGCCGUUAUGAAACCAAUGUGAACAGUCAGAUGACACCGAAUUCUCAAGAUCAGUUUGAGAAAAAUCGUCAAAGCGCUCUAAUGUUGUUCGGUGAGUCACCCAGUUCUUCUCCGUCGCAGAGCCGUGAUGAAACCAAUGUGAACAGUCAGAUGACACCGAAUUCUCAAGAUCAGUUCGAGAAAAAUCUUCAAAGCGCUCCAAUGCUGUUCGAUAUGUCAUCCAGUUCUUCUCCGUCGGAGAGCCGUUAUGAAACCAAUGUGAACAGUCAGAUGACACCGAAUUCUCAAGAUCAGUUUGAGAAAAAUCGUCAAAGCGCUCUAAUGUUGUUCGGUGAGUCACCCAGUUCUUCUCCGUCGCAGAGCCGUGAUGAAACCAAUGUGAACAGUCAGAUGACACCGAAUUCUCAAGAUCAGUUCGAGAAAAAUCUUCAAAGCGCUCCAAUGUUGUUCGAUAUGUCAUCCAGUUCUUCUUCGUCGGAGAGCCAUGAUGAAACUAAUGAAAACUGUCAGAUUGCACCGAAAUCCCAAGAUCAGUUUGAGAAAAAUCGUCAAAGCGCUCUAAUGUUGUUCGGUGAGUCACCCAGUUCUUCUCCGUCGCAGAGCCGUGAUGAAACCAAUGUGAACAGUCAGAUGACACCGAAUUCUCAAGAUCAGUUCGAGAAAAAUCAUCAAAGCGCUCCAAUGCUGUUCGAUAUGUCAUCCAGUUCUUCUCCGUCGGAGAGCCGUUAUGAAACCAAUGUGAACAGUCAGAUGACACCGAAUUCUCAAGAUCAGUUUGAGAAAAAUCGUCAAAGCGCUCUAAUGUUGUUCGGUGAGUCACCCAGUUCUUCUCCGUCGCAGAGACGUGAUGAAACCAAUGUGAACAGUCAGAUGACACCGAAUUCUCAAGAUCAGUUCGAGAAAAAUCUUCAAAGCGCUCCAAUGCUGUUCGAUAUGUCAUCCAGUUCUUCUCCGUCGGAGAGCCGUUAUGAAACCAAUGUGAACAGUCAGAUGACACCGAAUUCUCAAGAUCAGUUUGAGAAAAAUCGUCAAAGCGCUCUAAUGUUGUUCGGUGAGUCACCCAGUUCUUCUCCGUCGCAGAGCCGUGAUGAAACCAAUGUGAACGGUCAGAUGACACCGAAAUCUCAAGAUCAGUUUGAGAAAAAUCGUCAAAGCGCUCUAAUGUUGUUCGGUGAGUCACCCAGUUCUUCUCCGUGGGAGAGCCGUGAUGAAACCAAUCAGAACUAUCUGAUGACACCGAAUUCUCAAAACCAGUUCGAGAAAAAUCAUCAAAGCGCUCUAAUGUUUUUCGAUGAGUUACCCAGUUCCUCUUCGUCGGAGAGCCAUGAUGAAACUAAUGAAAACUGUCAGAUUGCACCGAAAUCCCAAGAUCAUUUCGAGAAAGAACUUCAAAGCGCUCCCAUCAGAGAGCCCAGACCAGAUCAACCCCUAGCAGCAGCUCCCAGAUCAUCCAAUGUUGGCACAAUUAAGCCUUGUAACCUAAAAGCUUUUAAGCGUGAUUUAAUGAAUACUGGAUAUUCUGCAGAUGUGAAGCACGAUAGUGCAGAGAUCCAUGAAGCGAAGAUGGCUGGUACUAAUUGUCAUAAAGAGGUUUCGCCUGACCCAAGUGAAAUAAAUUUGAAGAAAUGUGCCACUAAAGUAUACACUCCAAUGGAAAGAAAUUCUGGGGCUGAAUUGCCUAUUCAAAGUCGCUAUAUAGUGCCCAAUUCUAAGCCAUCAGAAAGUAAGAUUACUGUUAAACCAGUGCUGCCAAAGCACAAGCCAUCAAGGAUCCCAAUAAGAACCAAAAAACCAGGAAAUGACAGAAUGGAUUACCAGAGGCAGUCUUUACUGGAUCCAAUUAAAAAAUCUUUGAAUAAUUCUUAUGCUGUUACUAGCACUUCAGCAUACGAUCAAAAUGACCAGGUAGAAAAAAAUCCUGGGGCUCGAUUGACAGAACUGCCGAGAGCUCUGAAUUCAAUGAAAAAACCAGAGGAUAAUGGAUGUAAACCAAAAAAUAUCCUAAAGCCGAGUGCCCAUAUAUUUUCGAAUGCAGACGUGAACCCUCGCAGCUCUACAGAUUAUGGGCCAGCUAAGAAGGACGUCAAAAAGUCUUGGGCACCACGUUACCAAGAACAAGAAUCGCAGGAGUUCAAGGAAAAUUCAUUGAAUGGAUUCUUUAAUGCCAAGGGUAACUUACCUGAUAUUCCUAAGAAGUCAUUCAAAGAUUCCGACUCUAAUGUUUCCAAAGCAGAUGCUGAGCGACGUUGCGCCAAAACAUUUGAACCUUUACGCAAGGACUUAAAACGUAUAAACAAAGUACAAAAAUUGAGAUAUAAUAAAGUAGUCAAUAAAAGCCAGAAUAGAAAUGCAAAGAAGCAGGGCAAGGUUAUGCUAGAGCCUAAAGAAAAUACUAUCGAAGAAGAUGCAAACGAUCAGGUGGUAAAGCAAUUUCAUUUCGAAAUGCCAUCUAAUCCUGAGAUCGUUGAACCAACUGUAAAACCUACAAAACCUGAAACAGCCGUGCGCGCCAGCAGUUCCAAGGCUUGCAUUUCAGACUUAAAUGCAAAUAUUCAUAAAACUAAAUCUUCCAAAAAUCUUAAGUUGAUGAACUCAAAGCUCUUUGAAUUCAAUCGUUCUGAAUCACAAGUAAAAAAAGGUGAAAACGAAGAAGAAGAUGUCAAGAUCGACAAUCCGAAAAUAACUGAACCAGUUAAACAUAAACGGGCUUCAAGACCCAAAACAUCCGGACGAAACAUUUCUGAGCUAGAUAUGCAGCCUAGUACUUCUAAAGCUGCUGAGACAAGAACUUCUCAACCAAAAGCUGCUCAACCCAAAACUUCUCAAUUAAAGGAGCAUUCCAAAGCAUUGAACAAAAAGGUGAAAAAAUCAAAGACCACAAAACGUAAAAAUGAUGAUGCAAAUAAGGAUCCAAAGAGUACUGAAAUGCAUCAGUAUAAAAUUCCCAAGCUUUCCGCAAAUAAGCCACUGGUAAAAAAACAGAAUACAUCGACUUCAAGCCCUGCCGUAGCAAAGAAGAUGAUAAGACCUAACCAUUCGGCACCGACAAGCGGAUUCUCACGAUUACCGGAGAUGUACGAGGAGCUAAACUAUCCGAAUGCUCCACAUCCCUACUCAACAAGGGGCUAUUAUCCCUAUCAUAGGGCCUAUCCAGGGCCUAUGCAUCACCCGGGCAGUCAGUAUCAUGUGAAUCAUCCCCCACCAAUGAGAUUGCAUCAUUCCAUGUACGUUGAUGCGGAACCGUCUUAUCAGAGCUUUUAUCAAGGGUCACGAUACCAACCAUAUGACAUUAGCCCGUCAAUGAGACACCAUUACUUCUAUCCAGGGGAGCCAUCUCCCAGAACAUAUCCGAUGGGUAUUCCCUAUCAUUACGAUCAUUACACGCUCUACCCCCCGAUGAGAAAUGAUUUCUACUACCCAAGGGGCCGUCCGCACUUUCCUGUACGCAAUUUACCACCGAUGAGUUCUCAAAGGACUUAUCCACCGAAUUAUCCAUCUUCUCGUCAAUUUUUGCAUUCAAUACCUCCUCCUGCUGAUAUACAUGAACAGUUCGCAUUGCGUUCGAUCGAAAGCGUUGGUGGUUUUAUUCAAAUGGCCUAUGCAGGUCGGAAAUAUAGGACUCUUAAGGAUCUCAGGGAGCGAACAAAGUUAUCGAAAGACUGUUUGCGUAAGAUUUUUAAGCACAUGUGCAAAAUUAAGCGUCCCAAGUGGCGUAUCAGCAAGUUUUAUUUGUACGCGUUCUGGUCUGAAAUUUCGGGGGUUCCCCAAAGUUCUAAAUUUGGCAAACCGUUGAAACUAAACGCUUCCUAUCGCAAGGUAAUUAGUUCCUUUGCGGAAAGCAAGUUUCUACGCAUGGAGACUUUAAUGGAGAAAACUGGGUUUCGGAAAGGCAAACUUAAGCGAGUUCUAAAGAUGAUCGGAAGAAAGCGAUCCACGAAAUGGCGUCUGCUCAAUUAUAAGAAGCCACUUAUUCACUUGCACCGCAGUCAAGAGAAGAAGUCUUCUAUAUAAAACCUUUUACACUACAAGCUUAUGAAGAAUCUACAUUUACACAUACAAUCGCCA